AUGGCGACCAGCAGCAUAGCAUCCGCCGCGUGCGGAUUUGCGGUGUCGCCGACCGUCGCGUCCGGCUCGACCACCGCCCAAAGCGGCGUGGCGUUCUUCCCCUCCUCCAGGAGAUACAGGAAUCCGAGAAUGGUGGUUCGGGCUGCGGACGAGGCGGCAGCUCCGGCAUCCGACACCCCGGCCGCCGAAGCUCCCAAGGCUGCCAAGCCGCCGCCGGUCGGGCCCCCGAGGGGCUCGAAGGUGAGGAUUUUGAGGAAGGAGUCAUACUGGUACAAGGGUGUAGGCUCAGUUGUUGCUGUUGACCAGGACCCGGAAACCCGGUACCCUGUUGUGGUGAGGUUCAACAAAGUGAACUAUGCAAACGUAUCCACGAACAACUAUGCAUUGGAUGAGGUGGAAAUGGUUAUUGUGUGA